AUAGCAGAAAAACCUGGCGACGCCACCAAGAAGGAGCUUUUGUUUUCUGCUCACGAGCUAACUAUGGAUCUCAAGAACAACUGGAUUUCUAAACUGAAAGGAGAAUUUUCCAAAAGCCCAGUAGCAACUACGCUAAGCUUUGGAUUGAUCCAAAUGGUGUUUGAAAAACUGGUGGAAGUAGAUUUCACAUGUCCCUGCGACUCUAGAUACAAUCAAUUACAUACUUUGCCAAGUUUCAUUGUUCCACCAAUCAUUGUCUGUUUACUAAUGUUUGCCAUUAAAUGUCACUGUAAAUCACUUGGAACAUUUGACUGUAAAUCAUGUAGUAAAUCAUUCUGUCAGGCCGUUAGCAUCACCUUUAUUUCAGCCACAAUAUGGUUGAUAAUUGUGUUUUUUGAUGGUCGUUACUACACCUGUGCAAAGACCAGUUGGACGGGAACCUAUGAAACGAUUGAAAAGGAUGGACCACUGAAAUGGUGUAAACCAGACACAGACAACUUGAACUCAUCAAAGGAGCUACUGGACAAAACCGAGUUCUGGUAUUCUGAGUCGCAGUUCAUUGGAUUCUGGAUGAUACUAGGGUUGACGGGUCUUUAUGUGUUCUGUUUGCUUGGCUCCCGGUUCUGCUGCAGUUCUGAUGAAAAUUAUGGAACUUCAAGAAAUGAAAGAAACAACGAGUCUUCUGCACCUGUCUGAAGCAAAAACCUUAAAAGAAAUCACAUGUGAAUGUAUGAUUACAUAGGACAAGUCAUGUGUGGUUCAGAAUAUUCCUAUCAAAGCUCUUUGCAUGUUUUCCUUUUCACACGAAUAUUUCCUUCAAACAAAAUCUCAAAUGCAAAUAUGUUCUGUCGCAAAAAAAUUUAAAUGAUACCAAAUGGACAUUUUCAAGCACUU